UUUGUCGAAUAAUAAAGCCAAAAAACAAUCAUCUCAAGAAGAUUUAGUGCAAAUUACGACCACGAUGGAUGAAUUUCACAACGAGCUCAAUAAUUUGAAAAUUUGCAGGCCGGGUAGCGCGGAAGUUCACUUUAGCGAUAAUAGACUUUUGAGAGACUUAGUCAAACAACAAUACCCAGAUUGGAAAGUGAAAGGCAAAGUGACUUCAGUCCCUGCAGUUAGAGUCCCCGCAUUGUUUCUGGGACCAGAGAUGAUGAGUGAAAAACUAAACAGCCAUUAUGAACGAAUUCAAAAAGGGGAAGAAGGCGAAUUGAAAUUAUAUCGAAAGUUUUUGGAUGGGUUUGGGCUUGAUCAUGACGGUAUAAUAAUUCUACCAAACUUAGAUACCAAUGGGCUGUUUAAAUCGAAAUCAGGAGUAGUAGAAAUCGACAUGUUAGUUUUACACCCAUCGAAAGGUAUCUUUAUCGUGAGUGUUAAAAACCGAAAAAUGGGUGAUCAAAGACCAGGCAUGGACGGUGCAGCAGUUGAAAAGUUUGAAGACGAAAUGAAAGAAAAACUAAAGAAAGAAAUGCUAAAGCACACUGAUUUUAUCAUGCAGCUCUCGAACUACAAAACAUCACCUUGUUCGUCUAGUUCCAGCUCUGGUUUUAUUCCAUUACACGCUGUUUUCUGCCAACUUUCGUGGAAUUCAGAAAAUAUGCAAGAUCUGGAAACAAACAAGGAAUGGUAUACUUAUAAUGACACUGAGCAUGUUUUAAUGUUUCAACAGCCAGAUUUUUUAAACUUCCAGAAAAACUGGUCUGAAAAAGUGUCAAAAAUUUGUGAUAUCGAAAUGCAUGACCACUUUGAAACGACGGUCGCCCGUUUAGUAGCAUUGAGUUCGAUGGACAGUGCAACUGCACUCAUACACGAUAAAAUGAUAUCCAAUAGCUUGCAGUCAAUUCAAGUUAAACAGAAAGAUCUGAACACUAGACUUGAUCAACAAUUUGCCAAUACAUCCGGAAACAUUAGAGAGGAUUCAUUGAGAGAACUGAAAAAUGAUAUGAAGAAAGAAAUUUUAGAGUCUAAUAGAAAUCAGUCGAAAAGAGGAAAAAUGAAAGUUAUUCUUUGGACCAAAGAACAGCUGGAAAUAAUUGCUGAAGUUUAUGACGCUCUUACGAAGAAGAGUGGAGUCAAACCACUGCGCUUAGUAGUUAAAGGUCCACACGGCUCGGGGAAAACAAUGCUUUUGGUCUACUUGGCUAAAUUGGCGGAGGUUGUGUUCGCCUGGAGUGCUGCCAAUCAUUGCAAACGGGUUGUAAUUUGCGACGGAACUUCCGGUCAAUCACAAUUGUUAUUUCAGAAUUUUCUAAAUGUCUUCAAAGAAUCGAAAGUUGAGAUUUGGACCAAAAACGAUCCAGAAAAAGUUAAUUCAAUUAAAGAAGGAAUUAUUUUCAUCGAUGAAUACCGUUUUUUCUCCGAAGUUGUUAACAGUUUUAACUCAAUGGACGCAUCGAGCAAAAACGUUAUUAUUUGUGUUUUCACUUUUUGGGAAUUGGCCGACCGGUUUUCAAAAAGCUCGGACACUCGAGUUUUAACUUUAAGUUAUGUUCUCAGGUCGACAUCUAAAUUAGCUGAAUUUUGCAACAACGUUCAAUCUCAAUUUCAGAACUCUGAGAUCCUAAAAGGAAACUGUGCCCACAACUUAGAGGGUGAGCCACCAGUUGUUCAGUUUGUUGAAUCUCGUAAACUACUUGAGGUAUUGGUGGAACUUAUAAAGAAAUGCUCAAAGUCACCAUUUGAUUAUGGCCGAACACUUGUAGGCGGCGCUUUUUUGUCCCCGGCUUUUACUCUUGAUCUUAAACAUUCGUUGACAAGCGAAAAAAUUGAAGUUAUUGAUGAUAAAAAUCUCAUCAAAAUGGAAACGGGGGCAUCAGACACCCAUAAAAUUUGUUUAUUGCGAUCAUGUUUCGGAGGAGCAGAAUUUUGUACGGUCAUUGUGCCCUUUGAAGCUGCGAACCGUCGUCCAAUUGAGGUGAGGUUUUUUUAUGGAUAUUGUACACGUGCAACUAUGCGAUUAAUUGUAUUAGUCGAAGAGCCAUUGCAUGCGUCACCAAGAAGAGAACUGAAUAGGACAGAAAUUUGGGAUUGGAUCAAAUAUGUGUGA